AUGGGAGACAAUAGGCCUGCAGGGAUAGUCGCUGCUGCCAAGAACCGUCUGCAGGUGGUGAAGGGCCUGGAGGAUGUGGAGGUGUCUGAGUGUGGGAGCUGCUCCUUCGAUGUGACUCUCAACCUUGCGUACAUAGAGGGCACGUGGACCAAAGAUGGGAUGCAGCUUAAGUCUAAACCCAACUGUCGCAUCAGCGCGCAUGGAAAGAAACACUGUCUCAUACUGAACAGGGUUGCGCUCGGAGAUGCCGGUUUGUUCUCCUUCGAGGCAAACGGCAUCCAGACAUCAGGCCGACUCUGUGUCAGAGCCAGGGAAAUCUACAUUGUGAAAGAGCUGGAGGAUGUUGAUACGAUGGAGCGACAGCCCGUAAGCUUCCUGUGUGAGGUCAAUCAGGUGGAUGUGGAUGGUCGCUGGUACAGAGAUGACAGUCGGAUCCGAGCCGGAGAAAGCAUCAAGAUCAGACAUCAAGGCAAAAGUCACUGCUUGUCCUUCAAGUCCGUCAGACCAGAACAUGCUGGAGAGAUCAGAUUCACUGCCGAGCGUGUCUCAUCCUAUGCAACUCUCACGGUAAAAGAGCUCCCAGUCCAGAUAAUACGUCCGCUGAGAGUCAAGAUAGCUAUGUAUCGUCACCGAGGUUUGCUUGAGUGCCAGGUAUCACGACCGAAUGCCCAGGUCAGGUGGUACAAGAACAGAGUGGAGCUGCUGCCCAGUAAGAAGUACCAGCUAAUCAGCCAAGACAUCUACAGGCAGCUGACCAUCGAUGACGUCUGCUCGUCAGAUGAAGACACAUACACCUGUGACGCAGGGGACGACAAAACAUCUUGUCAGCUUUUGGUGGAAGAGCAGGCAAUCACCAUAGUGCGGGGGAUGAACUCAGUGGAGGUGAUGGAGCCAGAGCCCGCACUGUUCCAAGUAGAAACCAGCCUGAAGUCGGGGCGACCCCCUCGGUGGACUCUGAAUAAAGAAGUUCUGGAGCCAUGUGCAGCAGUAAACAUUGACAGGGAGGGAACCCUCCACAGCCUUUGUCUCACCUCUACAGAAAGCUCCAUGUCAGGUCCUGUUGAGUUCGUUGCUGGCAAAAGUCGUUCCACUGCUGAGCUCACUGUGAAAGAGCGACCGCUGGAGGUUGUCCACCAUUUGAAAGACGUGGAAGCGAAGGAGAACAGCUCUGUGACCCUGCGUUGUGAGUUUGCUCCUUCUCCCAGAGUGGUGCGAUGGUUUAAAGGCCGUACACCUCUGAAGACCUCUAACAAGUACAGCAUGAGGAGGGAAGGGAAACGAGCCGAACUGGUCAUCCAUGGCUUGACAGGGAUGGAUGGAGGGCAGUACCGCUGCAUGGCAGGAGGUUCACAGAGCUCAGCGCAUGUUAAAGUGGAAGUGCGAACGUUGAAGUUAGUCAAACACCUUGAGGCAGUGGAAAUCGAAGAGGAUGGCUUUGCCUCUUUCUCGUGUGAGCUCAACUACGUGGUUGCCAACGUUGAAUGGCUCCUCAACAGUGUGCGCCUGUACUCCAACGCCGUCAACAGGAUUCAACACAUGGGCACAAUGCACAGUCUGACGAUCAAGAAGCCUCGACCUCAGGAGAGCAGAGUCACCUUUAAAGCAGGGCUUCUCACUGAGACAACAACCUUAAAGGUCAAAGAACAUCCUGCGGUGUUCCUGAGAUCUCUGGAGGAUGUAGCUGGAGAGGAGCAAGGGGAGGUUUGCCUUCAGUGUGAAAUUUCCAAAGAGGCAGUGACCCCCAUUUGGAGGAAGGACGGUCUGGUUCUCACAGCUGAUGAUAAACACGAGCUGCUUCAGUUUGGUAAAUCGAUGGCGCUGAUCAUCCAUGCACUGAGUAAGGAUGACGCUGGGCAUUACACCUGUGACUUGGGCACCAGUCAGACCAAGGCUAAAGUAACAGUACAUGAUUUGCACAUUACCAUCAUGCAACGUCUGAGAACAACCUCUAUUCUGGAAGGUGAAAACUGUGCUUUUGAGUGUCAACUCUCUCAUGAUCUCGAUGGCGACCCUUCUUGGACAAUAAAUGGCCAGCUGGUUGUCUCUGACAAUCGUAUCCAAGUCAUCAACAAUGGUCGCAAGUAUAAGCUGGCCAUUAAAGACACCAUGCUCACUGAUGCUGGAGAUGUCGUCUUCACAAUCAAUGACCUCAGUUGCAGAACCAUGCUCUUUGUUCAAGAGAAGCCAGUGCACAUUUUCAGAGAGCUGUUGAAUGUCAAGGCAGUGCCUGGAGAGGACGCAGUGCUCAGCUGUGAAAUCACCAAACCGGAGGUCACCAUCCGUUGGCUGAAAAAUGGGCAUGUGAUCAGGCCGAGCCCCAAGUAUGAGAUGAGUGUGGAGAAGCACCUCGCACGGCUAGUGAUCAAGAAUACCACCAUCAGAGACUCUGGAGAGUACUGCUGCGAGGCUGAAGGUGUUGCCUCUCGUGCCAAACUGGAUAUCAGAGAACUCCAGCACACAUUUGCCAGAGAGCUGCGGGACACUCGUGCAGAGGAAAAGGGUAAAGUGACCCUUGAAUGUGAGACCAGGCGGCCGGCCAAGCGCGUGACCUGGUUGAAGGGCAUGGUGGAGCUGAGAUCUGGGAGGAAGUAUGUCAUCAGGCAGAAGGGCGUGGCGUUGUCCCUAACAAUCACUGGUCUGGAGAAAUCGGAUACCGAUAUUUACACGUGUGAUGUUGGUACCAUGCAGAGCCGCGCACAGCUGACUGUGCAGGCCAUCCCCGCAGAGUUUACUCAGCUUCUGAAGGACAUGGAGGCCAAAGAGGGAGAAGCAGUCACCCUCAUGUGUGAAUACUCCCUCCCUGGGGUCCAGUACCACUGGAGGAAAGGUUUUGAGAGCAUCCGGCCCGGAGACAAGUAUGUGAUGAAACAGAGAAAGACCAUCAACUCUCUCACCAUCAAAGCCCUGAAACCUGAGGACUCAGGAACAUAUACUUGCCAGUGCAGAGACCACCGUACAUCGGCAAGCCUCAAAAUACAUGCCAUUCCGAUUACAUUCAUACAACAGCUGAAGAACAUGCAGGCAGAAGAGGGCAGCAGCGUCAUACUGCGGUGUGAAAUUUCCAAAUCUGGGGUGCCAGUGGAGUGGAGGCGAGAGGAAGAGCUGUUGAGGAAUGGAGUCAAGUUCCAGAUAAGGAGAAGGGACACCACUCUGGAGCUGCUGAUAUGGAAACCUGUGCCCGAAGACAGUGGGAUGUACAGCUGUGUGUGUGCGGAUCAGAGGACAUCAGCCACCGUCAAAAUCACAGCUCUACCAGUCACCUUCAAGCAAAAGCUGAGAAAUGUAACGGUUGAGGAGGGCAACACAGCAACUCUGCGCUGUGAGUUGUCCAAGUCGGGUCACAGUGUGGAGUGGAGAAAAAGUGGAGAUGUCCUCAUCAGAAAUGGAGAGAAAUAUCAAAGUCGACAGAGAGACAUGCUUAUUGAAUUGAGGAUCUUUGAUGUGAUGCCAGAGGACAGCGAUAUCUACACCUGCAUCUGUGGCAGCAUUGAGACCACCGCUACUCUGACUGUGAACGCUCUUCCAGUCACAUUCAAGCAAAAGCUGAGGAACUUCCAGGUUGGGGAAGGACACAACAUCACGCUGUCCUGUGAGAUUUCAAAGGCUGGCGUCCCAGUGGAGUGGAGAUUUAAUGGAUUUGAGCUGGAGAAUGGAGAGAAGUACCAGAUAAAGCAGAGAGACUCUGUUCUGGAGCUGAUCAUCAAAGACGCUGAACCAGAGGACAGUGGCGUUUACACCUGUGUGUGUAGAGAGCAGAAGACAAAGGCAACCGUUAAAGUUGUUGCUGUUCCUGCCACAUUUCGAGCCAGCCUGAAGAGCCAGGAUGUUCAAGAGGGCAACGUUGUGACGCUCAGCUGUGAGCUCUCUAAACCGGGAGUCCCAGCACAGUGGAGGAAGGGAGACAAGGUGCUGACCAGCGGAGAGAAAUAUCAGCUGAAACAGAACGGCUCCACUCUGGAGCUGCUCAUCAGGAAGAGCCUCCCUGAAGACAGCGGCACUUACUGCUGUGUUUGUGACGACAUAAAAACCACAGCCACCAUCAUCAUUACCGCAAUCCCUGUGACUUUCAAGCAGAAGCUGAAGAACCAGGAAGCUGUGGAGGAGGGUUAUGUGACACUGCGCUGCGAGCUUUCCAAGUCUGGAGUCCCGGUGGAGUGGAGAAAAGAUGCUCAGCUCCUGAAGGAGGGAGAAAAAUAUCAGAUGAAGCAAGAGGGCCGCGUGGCCGAGAUGCUCAUCGGACAUUUAAGCAUGGCUGACGCAGGACAGUACAGCUGCUUUGUUGGAACUGCUGAAACUUCAGCAGACAUCAAAGUAAGAGCGCUUCCUAUAACAUUUAUAAAAGAAGUUGAAAAUGUGGAAAUAAAGGAAGGUGACAGUGGAGCUUUCUGCUGUGAGCUCUCCAAACCUGGAGCUCCAGUGGACUGGAGGAAAGGCAGAGUCAUCCUGAAGCCGGGAUACAAAUAUGAGAUGAAGCAGGAGGGACAUCUCACCAAGCUCAUCAUCAACAAUGUGGAGGAGAGCGAUGCAGGGAAAUAUACCUGCAAAACUAAAGACAGCCAGUCCACUGCUGAACUCACAGUCAAAGCUAUUCCACUCACUUUCAAAGUGGGUCUGAAGAACCAGGAGGCCCCAGAAGGAGGCAGCGUGUCCCUGCGCUGUGAACUGUCGAGGGCCGGGGUCCCUGUCCAGUGGUGGAAGGGAGACGACCAGCUCUAUCACGGAGCGCGGUAUCGCAUGACGCUAAAAGGCAACGUGGCUGAGAUGACCGUCAAAAACAUCCAGCCUGAGGACGUUGGAGAGUACAGCUGUGUCUUUGGAGAGCAGAAGACAACAGCUGAAGUUAAUGUUAGAGCUGCAGCGUCUGUAUUCUUUGAGAAGGAACUGGAGAACCAAGUUAUAGCAGAGGGGAAAUCUGUGCUGUUCAGCUGUGAAGUUUCCAGUGCGAAUGUCCCCGUCACUUGGAAGAAGGACAAUACUUCAGUGUCAGAAGGAGGACGUUACAUUGUAAAGAAACAAGGCCCCACACACACUCUGGAGAUCAAAAAAUUGCUUCUGGAGGAUGCAGGAGAGUAUUGCUGUAUCACCAGAGGCAAAAAGACCACUGCCAAGCUUAUUGUUAAAGAACGUGUUAGGAUUGUCAAGGGGCUGCAAGACAUAACGGUGACAGCAGGCGAGGAUGCAGUGUUUGUCUGUGAGCUGAGCCAUGCAGACGUGACCGAAGGGGUGUGGUGGCUUGGUGCUAGUCCUCUGCAGAAGAACGAGAUGAACCAGAUGACUUGCACUGGCCGUCAGCACCGGCUGGUCCUCACCAUGACAACACCUGACGAGACGGGCGCCGUGGCGUUUGUGAUCGGGGAGGACAGGACUUCUGCAAAUCUGCUAGUUCUUCCUAAACCCAAAGUUCUAUUUGAAGAAAAACCUAAAGACGCAGCGGUCAUGGAGGGAGAGACAGCUACUCUGCGCUGCACAAUCUCUGACAUCAAAACCAGUAUUACAUGGAAACGCAACCAUAUUCCUCUGCAAAAUGGCAAUAAAUAUGAGAUGCGUAAGGAAGGAAAGGUCAACCUGUUGCUCAUCCAUGAUGUGGACGCCCUUGAUACUGGCACAUACUCUUGUGACACAGGAGACGUACAGAGCAGUGCCAAACUCACUGUGACUGAGCUCCCUCCAUUUUUCCAGGAGGAAUUGCAGAGUGUGGAGGCUGAAGAAGGAGGUUCAGCCUCGUUGUAUUGUGAGCUGUCCAAACUUGGAGUCCCGGUUCAGUGGAAGAAGAAUCGGCAGCUGCUGAGAGCCAGCAGGAAAUAUGAGAUGAAGCAGGAUGGCUGCUUCCUCCAGCUUCACAUCAAGGACCUCAAACCAGAGGAUAGUGGGAGCUACUCAUGCCAAGCUGGGAAUGCAGAGACGUCUGCAGCCGUUACUGUGAAAGAGCUUCCUCCAGUCUUCAAGAAAGAAUUAAGGAGUGUGGAGGGUGAGGAAGGAGGUGCGGCGACUCUACACUGUGAAUUAUCUAAACCUGGAGUUACUGUGCAGUGGAAGAAGAACAGACUCCCUCUGAGAGCCAGCAGGAAGUACGAGGUGAAACAGGAUGGCUGUCUCCACAAGCUCCAAAUCAACGAGCUCAAACCUGAGGACAGUGGCAGCUACACAUGUCAAGCAGGAAGUGAGGAAACCACGGCAAAUGUGGUCGUGAAAGUGCAGUGGAAGAAGAACAAGACACCGCUGAGGGCUGGCAGCAAGUAUAAAAUGGAGCAGGACGGCUGCUUCCUCCAGCUCCAGAUCACUGAGCUUCAACUUGAGGACAGUGGUACCUACAUGUGUCAAGCAGGAUCUGCAGAGACCACUGCAGACCUGACAGUGAAAGAGCUACCAAACUUCAAGAAAGACCUGAAAAGUGUUGAUGCUGAGGAGGGAGAUACGGCCUCCCUGUGCUGUGAGCUGUCUAAGCCUGGGCUAUCAGUACAGUGGAAAAAGAACAAGCUGCCGCUGAGAGCAGGCACCAAGUAUGAGAUGAAGCAGGAUGGAUGCAUCAUCCAGUUGCACAUUAAGAAUCUCCAACCUGAAGACAGCGGCAGCUACUCAUGUCAUGCUGGAGCUGCAGAGACCUCUGCAUCUGUGACUGUAAAAGAGCUUCCUCCAUACUUCCAACAAGACUUGGUGAGUGUUGAGGCUGAGGAGGGAAGCACGGCCACACUGCACUGUGAGCUGUCCAAACCCGGAGUGUCAGUCCAGUGGAAGAAAAACAGACUGUCUCUGAGAGCCAACAGGAAGUAUGAAAUGAAGCAAGAUGGCUGCAGCCUACAGCUCCAUAUCAAGGAUCUCACACCAGAAGACAGCGGCAGCUACUCAUGUCAGGUUGGAGCUGCAGAGACCUCUACAACAGUCACAGUGAAAGAGCUUCCUCCAUAUUUCCAACAAGACUUGGUGAGUGUUGAGGCUGAGGAGGGAAGCACGGCCACACUGCACUGUGAGCUGUCCAAACCCGGAGUGUCAGUCCAGUGGAAGAAAAACAGACUGUCUCUGAGAGCCAACAGGAAGUAUGAAAUGAAGCAAGAUGGCUGCAGCCUACAGCUCCAUAUCAAGGACCUCACACCAGAAGACAGCGGCAGCUACUCAUGUCAGGUUGGAGCUGCAGAGACCUCUACAACAGUCACAGUGAAAGAGCUUCCUCCAUACUUCCAACAAGACUUGGUGAGUGUUGAGGCUGAGGAGGGAAGCACGGCCACACUGCGCUGUGAACUGUCCAAACCCGGAGUGUCAGUCCAGUGGAAGAAAAACAGACUGUCUCUGAGAGCCAACAGGAAGUAUGAAAUGAAGCAAGAUGGCUGCAGCCUACAGCUCCAUAUCAAGGAUCUCAAACCUGAAGACAGCGGCAGCUACUCAUGUCAGGUUGGAGCUGCAGAGACCUCUACAACAGUCACAGUGAAAGAACUUUGUCCAUACUUUAAGAAAGACCUAACAAGUGUAGAGGCUGAGGAGGGUGGGACAGCUACCUUGUACUGUGAACUGUCCAAGCCGGGUGCGUCCGUCCAGUGGAAGAGGAACAGACUUCCACUGAGAGCAAACAAUAAGUAUGAGAUGAAGCAGGAUGGCUGCGUUGUUCAGCUGCAUAUUAAGGAUCUGAAACCUGAAGACAGUGGCAGCUACUCCUGUCAAGCAGCAGCCAACGAGACAACAGCAACUGUAUCGGUGAAAGAGCUCCCGUCAUUCUUCAAGAGGCAAUUACAGAAUGUGGACACUGAAGAAGGAGGUGUGGCCUCUCUGCUCUGUGAGCUGUCCAAACCUGGGGCAUCAGUACAGUGGAAGAAAAACAGGCUGCCACUGAGAGCCAGUAAGAAGUAUGAGAUGAAGCAGGAGGGCUGCAUCUUCCAGCUCCACAUUACGGAUCUCAAACUUGAAGACACUGGCAGCUACUCCUGUCAUGCUGGAAAUGUAACGACGACUGGAACUGUGACAGUCAGAGAGCUCCCACCAUUUUUCAAGAAAGGUUUACAAAAUGUUGAGGCGAAGGAGGAAUGCACAGCCUCUCUGUUCUGUGAGCUGUCUAAACCUGGAGUGCCGGUACAAUGGAAGAAGAACAAGCAGCCGCUGAGAGCGAAUGCAAAGUACGAGAUAAAACAGGAUGGCUGCUACCAUCACCUGUUCAUUAAAGAGCUCAAAGCUGAAGACAGUGGCAGCUACUCAUGUCAAGCAGGAAGUGCAGAGACCACUGCAACCGUAGCAGUGCAAGAGCUCACUCCAUUCUUCACCAAAGUACUACAAAAUAUGGAGUUUGAGGCAGGAGCUGCAGCCUCCAUACACUGUGAGCUGUCAAAGCCAGGGAUAUCCGUACAAUGGAAGAAGAACAGACUACCACUGAGAGCCAGCGGGAAGCAUGAGAUGAAGCAGGAUGGCCGCCUUCAUCAGCUCAACAUCAAGGAGCUCACACCUGAGGACAGCGGUAGCUACUCCUGUCACGCAGGAAGUGCAGAGACCACUGCAACUAUUCAAAUUAAAGCACCACAGCCAUCUCUGCCCAAGGCAGAACCUCCAUCAGUCAUUCCACGAGGAAAAGGCACUGUCCCCAUACGAGCUCCUACUCCGGACAAACAAAUUCUGGAUCAGUCGGAGACCAAACCAGUUCCCCCCGAGCCUAAAAAGAGAACUAGGAAAGCAUCCAUUACAGUUUCAGACAGCGAUGGAGAGACCGCUUUGGACAAAAAGAUACCUCUGCCUAGAGAGAAAAACGAGGCACAGAAGGAUGUUCCCCCUGAGCCUAAAAAGAGAACUAGGAGAGCUUCUUUUACAGUUUCAGACAGUGAUGGAGAGACCGCUUUGGACAAAAAGAUACCUCUGCCUAGAGAGAAAAACGAGGCACAGAAGGAUGUUCCCCCUGAGCCUAAAAAGAGAACUAGGAGAGCUUCUUUUACAGUUUCAGACAGUGAUGGAGAGACCGCUUUGGACAAAAAGAUACCUCUGCCUAGACCGAAAAAUGAGGCACAAAAGGAUGUUCAGCCUGCAGGUUAUGUGGACAAGGACUUGAACGUUUCAAUAAAGGUACAAAAAGAAGACAAGACUGAAGACGAGGUCAGUGAAGUGUACAAGAAAACUGAUAAGCCAGUAGGACGGCCAGAGCCUAGUUAUCAAGUCAAUCAGAAAGUAAAAGAGCCAGAAAAGCCUUCAGAAACAGAGAAUGUUGCACUGGAAAUAAGAAAGCCAGGAAACAAACUGGAGGAAGUCGUUGCAGUUGACUAUGAAGUGAAUCAGCUCGACAGGGUUUUGGGAGAGCGUGUGGUUGGGCUACAGACACAAACGGAGCAAGAAAUUGGACGAAGUUUAAAACAACCAGGAAAGCCUUCACAGAAAAUAGUUGAAAUUGAAAAGGUGGAACUGACAGGGGCAGGAAAAUGGAAGACCAAUGAAGAUGAAGAACACAUGAAGCCACUGCAAAAGUUGAUCAAGAAAGAUACAACUGAACAAGAUGAGAAAACAAGAGUAAGUGAAGGUGAAGUAGUAGAGGUGGUUGUGAAACCACCGAUGCGAUCUAAAGGGAAGGUUACAGAAAUGAAACAACCAAUCCAAAGUAUUUCAAAAGAAAGUGAAGAGAUCAUUCCCAAGGUGUUGAAAACUACCCUGAAUGGUUCUGAGGGAGACCGUAGAACUGCAGAAUAUGUAAGUGAGCAAAUGUCCGCAGAAAGAGAAACGGAGAAAAGUGACCUGAAACAAACUCUGAACCAGCUGGAUAAACGGACUGCGCUGCAACCAGAAAAAUCUGUGGAUAGAGAGCCUGAGUUUGUUCCUCCAAAACCACCUGUGAGGACAAAAGCUAAAACAAAGGGUGAAAUUGAAAAACAAAUAUCAAGGGACACCGAGACAGAUGAAGAGGAACAAAUACCAGCAAGAAGUGUCGCAAGAACAACUGAAGAGCAGCCAAUAAGCCACAGAAUACAGCCAGAGAGGAAGGAUGAGGAGCCGAGACUUGAAGGGAACCAGUCAGUAACAACUGACAACAAGAGUGUUGACAACUUACAGCAGCCUGCAAGAGCUGCAGAAAAAGACACUAAACAGCUACUUAAACAGCCUGUAAAACCCCUGAGAAAAGACUCUGAAGUGAAUCGUGAAAUUAAAUUGGCAGUAGAGCCAAUGAGAAGACAGGAAGAACAAGUGACAAAAUUGGCCCAGGACAUUCCUCUUCUCUACAUUUCUGAAGAUGAAACUUUUUCAGAGGCCUUGUCUGAGUUGCCAGCAGAUCUUAACGAUAUCAAGCCUAUUGGCUCUUUGAUUGAAGGAUCCGCAAAAGAACCAUUUCUCAAGAAGCCCCAGCCGGAAAAAGAGGCUCUGCCAGAAAUUGACAUCAGCUUUGAAGAUGAGCCACAGAUGCAAGAGGCUGCAGUGAAAAUUCAGGCUGCUUUCAAAGGCUACAAAACCAGACGAGACAUGCGGCCAGUCUUUAAAGAAGUGUUUAAGAACCAGAGUGCUGAGCUUCAUGGUACCCUCUUUCUGGCGUGUGUUGUGGAGGGAAAACCCACCAAAGUGCGCUGGCUGAAAAAUGGCCAAGAAAUUUUUAUUGACCAGCGAUGCCGUUUCAAGACUGCAGAUAAUGGAGAAUGUAGCCUGACUAUCAAAAACCUGGUUAAUAGUGACAGUGGAAUUUAUACCUGUGAGGUGAUGAAUAAGUUUGGUGUGAGCUCUUACAACGGAAAUAUAACAGUAGUACCAAAUUUGCAACUGGCUCCUUUAGCCCAGAAGCCUGUGCACCCGCCACUUGCAGCCAUAACUCCUUUACAGCUUGCCCCACAAAAGCCUGAGACUGAAAACAUCCCUGAAAAUCAAGAACCAGAGCCCAUCUCUACUGGAGAUGCUGCAAACUACGUAGAGAAUGUGACUGUCUCUCUGUGGGAGGCCUACAACUUGACAGAGCAAGACACCCAGGUUAGCCCAGAAGACAGAAGACGGUCGUCACUGAUUGCCAGCUCCAUGUCGAGUCCGUCUGACUAUGACACAGCUCCAGAUGUCAUGGAACCUGUUGAGACUGUCCCGGUCAUACCAAGGAAAGUUCAGACGCCAUCAGAUCAAGCACCAGCUGGGGAUGAUAAAGGAGGGCUACCUGCUUCUCAACCACCUACAAAUCUAUUAAAAGUGAAAGGUGCUCAAGAUAGUAAACUGCGGACACCUUCUCCAAAGCACCAUCGUGCCUUCACACCCUUAACAAGCACCAUAUCUGCAUCAGAAUCAGAGGGGGAGGAGGACAGGCAAGAGACGUUUGAGAUGUACGUGGCCCGAGCAGACUGCAGUCCUGACAGUGGAAAUAAGGACAGUUUUGUUCUGAAGGAGGGCCAGUUUGUAGAGGUCCUAGACUCCGUUCACCCUGACAGAUGGCUGGUGAGGACCAAGCCCACCAAGACCAACCCUGCCAGACAGGGAUGGCUGUGCCCUGCCUACCUGGAGAAGAAGAGAAAGGAGACAUUCACUCAACUGCGAGCACCUCGGGAGGAUCUUGAUGGGAUUGGGUCAACAGGAGAAGAGUACAGGAGAGCGCUGAGUCAACUUGUCCAAGGCCUGAUUGCUGGAGAAGAGGAGUUUGUGAAAGAGAUGAAGACAUUCGUCUCUCAGCAGUUAAAUCAGCUGGAAUCCAGCCGCCACGUUCCCAUAAACAUCAUCAAUCAGAAAGAAGUCAUUUUCAGGAAUGUCAAGGACAUUGUGUUUUUACAUGAGCGAUCUAUCCUUCCUGGCCUGAGAGACUGUGCCACAGACGACGAUGUGGCCAUGCAUCUGAUCAAUCAUAGCGAAGAGUUCGAGAAGUAUCUCCACUACAUGGUGGGACAAGCGCAAGCAGAGGCCUGCAUCACUGACAAGGCCGUCCAACAAUAUUUCAAAGUACAAUCUGAGUUAGCUGAACCGAGUAAGACCGAUACUCCCGUCAUGGACGUUCUCACAUUCCUUCAACAACCAGCAGAGAGGAUUCAAACCUACCAGGCUUUGCUUAAGGAGUUAAUCAAGAACAAAGCUAAGAGUGGACAGAGCUGCUACCUGCUGGAGGAUGCCUUCUCUGUUGUUUCCUGUCUGCCCUGGAGGUCUGAAAACCUGCACCAGGUGUCCCUCAUUGAGAACUACCCUGCUCCCCUGACGGCCCUGGGUGAGCCUGUACGGCAGGGAGUCUUCACAGUGUGGGAGGAAUCUCCAGAAAUCAAAACAGCCCCUAGAGGGCAUCAGCGACAAAUAUUUCUAUUUAAGGACUGUAUUGUACUGUGCAAGCUGAAAAAAGACACCAGCAUGGUCCGAGACACCUACACUUUCAAGAACAAAAUGAAGCUGAAUGAUGUGGAAAUAAAAGAGACUUUAGGAGGAGAUGAGAAGUCUUGGGUGCUGUGCCAUGAGCACAGGGGCUCCAUCCGGAGGUACACAGUGCAGGGCCACUCCACCCUGGUCAAACUCUCCUGGCUGAAAGAUCUGAGAGAGCUCCAGCAGAGGUCCAGCGCCGUCACCAACAGUCCUCCAGUGUUUGAGUCACUGUUGGCUGACUGCACCACAAAGACAGGAGAGACCAUUAAGCUGACCUGCAAGGUGUCUGGAUCUCCAAAGCCAGUCAUCAGCUGGCUUAAAGAUGGCCUUCCUUUGGAGGAUGACCCACGUCACAUCAUCACAGCGGACCGGUCCGGCACCUGCAGUCUCAUCCUGGACAGCCUCUCUGCAGAGGACUCUGGACAGUAUGCAUGCUACGCCACCAGCUCAAUGGGAAACGCUGGAACUCUUGCAAAGGUGGUGGUGCAGGCCCCACCCAGGUUCGUGGGUCGACUGGAGAGUGCUUGUCUCAUAGAAGGCGAGGAUAUCCAGUUCGUUUGCUCCACGCUCACUACUCCUUUACCAAGAAUCAGGUGGCUAAAAGAUGGCAGAGAGCUGACUGAUAAGCAGAAAUACUCUAUUGUGAAUGACGCUCGCAGUGGGAUCUUGUCUUUGACUGUCAUGGGAGCGACCGUGGACGACAUUGGACAGUAUGAGUGUGAGCUUUGGAAUGAACUUGGCUGUGUUAAGUGCAAGGCGGGUCUUUGUCCUGCUUAUGUACCGCCGGCAGACAUUGAGAGUGACCAGCCUCAGGAUUUGCCUCCUAAAGAUGCUGACUCAGAGGACUGGUCCACUGCUCUUGUGAAAAAAUGGUUGCAGACUGAUUUCAGCCCCACGUCUAUUGCCAAGAAGCUUUUUACUCCUGAAAAUCCUGAACAAGUUGAAGUGGAUGUUCACGCCGCCGCAUCAGCGAAUCAGGACAUCCAGCAGCCGCCGUGCUACCUGGAGGAAGAGGAGGAGGUCUUCAUCUCAGAACAAAUGCAGGAAAUUACAGAUGCACCCCCAUUCAUUCAGGUUCCUGCUGAGGAUUUGUUUGUUGAACCUGGCCAGACAUGCACAUUUACAGCCAUCAUCACAGGAAGACCUACUCCUAAAAUACAGUGGUACAAGGAUGGUGAGGAGCUCACAGCGAAUGAGAACAUGAAGAUUGUGCAGCAUGGCGCCCGCUGCUCAGUGACCAUUGUGUGCCCCGAGGGGGAGGACAGCGGCAUUUACACCUGCUUCGCUUACAAUGACUCCGGGCAUGCCUCCUGCCAGGCCCAACUGACCGUGGAGGAAGGUCCAACAGAAUGUCAGGAGAGAGAGGUGGAGCUGGGCAAAAGACGGAAGUUAUUUUCUGUCUAUGAUGUCCACGAAGAGAUUGGAAGGGGAACGUUUGGAGUUGUGAAGCGUGUGAUCCACAGAAGGACAGGUGAAGUCUUUGCUGCUAAGUUUCUGCCUCUGCGGAGCAGCACUCGGACCAGGGCCUUCCAGGAGAGAGACCUGCUGUCCCGUCUCGCUCACCCAAGAGUGGCCUGUCUGCUGGAUUUCUUCUGCACCAGACGCACAUUGGUGUUAAUCACAGAAAUCUGUUGCUCUCAUGGACUUCUGGACCAUUUAAUGCUGAGAGGAUCAGUCUCAGAAAAAGAGGUUCAGUCAUACAUCCAGCAAAUUCUUGAAGGAGUUGGUCAUAUUCACAGCUUGAACAUCUUGCAUCUGGAUAUUAAACCCGACAACCUCCUAAUGGUGUAUCCGCCAAGAGAUGAAAUCAAGAUCUGUGACUUUGGCUUCUGCCAGGAAAUAGACACAUCCAGACACCAGUACAGCUUGUUUGGCACGCCAGAAUUUGUUGCACCCGAAAUAGUUCAUCAGGAACCCGUCACUGUGGCCACUGAUAUUUGGGCUGUGGGAGUUGUAACUUACUUGUGUUUGGUGUGUCGAUGCCCUUUUGUGGGUGAGACUGACCGGGGCACCCUGCUCAGGGUCGGGGAGGGGACUCUGAACUGGGACGCCCCUGACGUCAUGUACCGCAGUCCUGAAGCCGUCAGUUUUCUACGAAUGGUCCUACAGUCAGAUCCAGAGAGGCGCCCGUCUGCCUUUGAGUGCUUGAGCCAUGAAUGGUUCCAGGAUGAACAUGCCGGUGAAGAUACAGAUGAAAUCAACACACGGAGUUUGAAAGUGUACAUCUCCAAGAGGAAAUGGCAGCGUUCUUUGACAUGCGUCGGCUCCGUGUUGACACUGAGGCCCAUUCCUGAGCUCCUGGAUGCUCCUCUCAGAGAGACGGCUGUGACGGUGCCCCGUGAGCCUCAGGAGCACAGCAGCUCCUCCCCGAGCAGCGGCUCCUCUUCUGAGUAUGACGAAGCAGAUUCUUGGGACUUUUUCCAACACUGUAGCCAGACUGAGGAGGAAGAGGAAACCGAGGAAGACUAUGAUCCUCUAAUGGAAAGAGCACAGAUCCCUGAGCCUUUUGCCAAACUCCAUGUAGAUGGAGAGGACGAAGAGGACUUGACACUAGGGGAGGAGGAGGAUGCAGAGCUGGCUGGUCGGAGGAGUGUAUUGGAGCGGAGUAUCAGCCGCCAGUCGGUUGUAUCAUCAGAACUGUCCUUCCAGCAUACACCUCAGAGGGAACGGAGGUUCAGCAAGGACAGCAGUCCCUCUCUCUGCCUUUCAGAAGGAGAUGAAGGUUCAGGAAGUGACGGAGGUCGCAUCCCCCGUGGUAGUGUCAUUCGAAGCACUUUCUAUAGCUCCUCUCAUCAGCUGUCCCCAAUGUCCGCCAGACACAUGACAUUACGAGACAAAUUCCAGGCCAAAAAGCAGGAGCGAGGGCGCAAGCCACUCAGGAGGAGCUUUUCGGGUCGCCUCAAUGAGCCCCUUAUUGAAUACGUGGAGGAUGAAACUGAGAAAGACCGUGGACAAAGACGAGGGUCCGUUCAGCCUGCCAUGCAGAAGGCUAGCUCCUUUGACAGUGGCGUGGGCCUCGCCCACACCAAUGUACCCCCUCACAGACGGAGCAGGUCUCUUGAUGAGUAUUCACGCCGCUCUCCAAGCUCGCCACAUCGUGAAAAGCUGAGUGAGGAAGAAGCCUCUCAGAGCGUAAAGGAGGAAUUUACAGAUGAUGAAGCAGCAGGGAGAAAGUUCCUGACCAUCCCAAACUUUCAGCAAGCCUCAAGGAGAAAAGGCACAGUGGCUCCUGUUCAAGGGAAGCACUCAUUCAGUAGCUCCUCGGCUUCCUCAGACUUGUCUGCCCGAGAUCGAAUGAGCUUCAGGCAGGAUCAGGAGCAGACAGAAGGAAAUAACUUGGCUGGGUCUCAGGUCUCUCUGACCGAGUCGUUUGUCUUAGAGCAGGGUGGGUCUGAGUCGUCAAGUAGACUGGGCUCCUCAGAAGAGCUGAGUCAUGGCCAUCUCGGAGGACGAUACAGGUCGGGAGAGAGCGAAGGAUAUGAUGAUCAGGGGGAGCCAUUAAUUUCACCAUCUCGGCGAUCAUUUCAAGAGGUAAAGCCCAGAAGCUCAUUUCCCCAGGCACCGCCACGUAAUCGCACUCGCUCCAAUCCUAAUUUAUCAACAAGCGCCAGAAUUCAGCUGGGCAUGUCUUCAGCGCCAAGCCCCAGCCCCAGCCUCUCAUCUCUGCAGACUCCAGAGAGACCUCCCAGAGCCAAAGACAAGCGAGAGGGCCAUGGCCUGCAGAGACACGCAUCGGCUCCUGCCCUCGAAGUCCGGCCACCAUCAGGAAAGUCACCCAAACUAGGACUGCUGAGCAUCUUUCGGAGACAGUCCUGGUCCAGCAAUUCCUACUCUCAGUUGGAUGACGCAGAGUUGGGACCCACGUUAGGAGAGAUCAUGAAGCCUGACACACCCACCAUGUCUCUGAGGAAGAAAAUGAGAGCUUCAGCCUCCAGCCUGACCAAACUGUUCUCUAGGUCUUCCAGUAAGGAGGACGUGAGUAAAGGGCCAAUAGUGAAAGGGUCAUCUCCGGUCCCUCCUGAGAGGCACCGUGGUAAAGGCCAUGAGAGUAGCAAAAAGAGGACUUCCAAACUCUUACCCUCUCUGAAAAUACCUGCCUUCAAAAAGACAAAAGUGUGUCCCAAUAAACCUGAAGUCAUGCAGCUGGACGGAGGUGGAGUCUUGCUGGUUUGGAAACCAGUUCAGUCCAGUGAUCCCGUCACCUACUGUGUGCAGUACUGCACAGACGGUGGGGACUGGACCGUCCUGUCGGACGAAGUGACGGAGAGCUGCUUUGUGGUGAAGGACUUGCCCAGAGGAGCCUCUUACAUGUUCAGGGUGGGCUGCGUCACAAAGACUGGAGCAGGGCCUCUCAGUGAAGCUUCAGCUCCAGUUGUUUUAUCCACUCAUCCUGAAGACGUUCACAUUCCUCUUAUUCAGACUGAGUCCCUGGGUUCAAAGGUGACUGGAUCCGAACAACAAGGAUCACACAAGAGCUUUAACUUUCUCUCAGAGAUCAACAGAGGUCGAUUCAGCAUAGUGACCUUGUGCAGGAAUGUAGAAACCAGCCAAGUGUUUGCUGCCAAGAUUACUCCUUACCAGCCAGAGCAGAGACAGCUGGUGCUGCGGGAGUACCAGCUUCUGAAGAGGCUUCACCACCCCCACCUGGUUGAUCUGCACACUGCUUACCUUACCCCCUCCCACCUUGUGCUGGUGGAGGAGCUCUGUCCUGGCAAGGAGCUGCUCUACAGUCUGGCUGCAAGGGAUCUGUACGCUGAAACCCAUGUGGCAGAGCUGCUGGUUCAGAUUCUCGGCGCAGUCGACUACCUUCACAGCCGCCGAGUUAUCCACCUGGACUUGAAGUCGGACAACAUGCUGGUCGAUGACUGUAACCACCUGAAGAUUGUGGAUUUAGGCUCAGCUCAGUCUUUCACUCCUGGACAGCCGCUCCACAUCGAGCACAUCCACGGACUGUCAGACAGCAAAGACUGCCGCAGCAAAGUUUACAUUGUCCUUCCUAAAGCUCCGGAGAUCCUGGAAGGUCAGGGUGUGGGACCCGAGACUGACAUCUGGGCUGUGGGAGUCCUGUCAUUCAUCAUGUUGAGUGCUGACAGUCCAUUCCAAGCAGAGCUUGGCUACGAGCAAGACAGAAACAUCAAGAAGGGGAAGAUCCAAUUUGGACAAUGUUAUCCUGGUCUGUCAGAGGGAGCCCUAAACUUCAUGAAGAGCAGCCUCAAUAAUAAAUCCUGGGGAAGACCCACUGCAGCCGAGUGUCUCCAGAACCCGUGGCUGCGAGCCCAUCGAACCCCACACAAAGCCCGAACUUCCAAAGUGUGUUUCUCCACUGACAAGCUGAAAGCUUACCUCAAACAGAAAGAAGAGAAACGAGAUCAGGUGCGCACGAAGCUGCAGGGAACCUUCUCGCAGUGAGGCGACAGCGCCAAUAAACGUUUUCUUUCAUUUACAACAUGCAGCCUUACGUUUCUCGUGUGUGUGUGCCUGUGACUGUGUGUGUGUGUGUGGGUGUGUGUGGGUGUGUGCCUGUGUGCAUGUGUGUGCGUUUGUUUUGUGGAGGAUGGGGGUUGCCUGAACCGGGUCAGAUUUAAGAUAUCACUUUGGUGUACCAAUCAUUAAAGAAUGUGAUGUGUCUUAAACUGUGUGUUUGAAGUUGUACCUAUAUAUCACACUGUGUAUGUGCCCACGCUGCAUUGCUUGUGGUUUAGUUCAUAUGAAAACCGAUCAGGGAUAAAACCUUUACUCAGUAUUUAGUGUGCAGUGGAUCAUGAGUUGUAAAGUUUUGAUCUGGAAAGUGUUGAUGAAUAAAGCAAAAACACGAGUCUGUGAACUGCAGAAAGCAGAUAUUUAUGCAGUGUUUUGUUUAAAACUUUAAAUUAUGUGCCUUAAAGUUGCAAUGUAAAAAUGAGAAACUGAUAAACCUGUAGAUUUCAUUGGACAUGUCAGAAUUUCCUAAAGAGGUGUGUUGGAACUAACUUCCUGCCAUUAAGAGUUCAUUGUAAACUGAAGAAU